UGAGUGCGAGAGUGUAAACAAUGUCAGAAGCGACAUUCGGGAGUGCUUCCGGCCAGAUCCUGGCCAAGCCGCUGCACCUGCAGCGCCUGGAGGCGGCUCUGGACAUGGGCCCCUUCAUGGCGUACGCGCAGGACUUCCUGUCGCGUCCGCUCACGAGCAGCGACGAGAGCGAAGUGGAGGGCGAAGUUCCCGGACAGAGUGGCAGGAUUCCCGGCGUUGUCACGUCCAAGGAAGAGCGCACGAAUGACAAGAUUCGCGUGUACAACUUCUCGAACGUCGGGCCGGAGCGGAAGUGGCUGCAGGACGUCUUGCUGAGCGACACGGAGUCGGAGUCGGAGUGGCAGCAGAUGGGCGAGGAUGAGUACGUGCGGGAGAUGCUGAAGAGUCACCUGAGAGAGCGCCAGAUGCGCGCCAAGUUCUACAGGAGCUCCAACAAUGCGCAGUACGGAUAUUACGGCGCCGGGCUUCUGUCCAGCGCUGACAUGUUCCCGGAGCACCAGCGCUCGAUUGUGGGCUCGCGCAAGAAGCGCGCCAAGGAGAAGAAGCGCAAGAAGCGCCCGAAGAUGCCCAAGAUGGCCAAGAAGUCGGGCAAGAUGAAGAUCGACUGCGUGGCGGGAGAGCUGGAAGUGGGCGAGGUGGAUUGGGACGACCAGAUCGGCGGCGUGAAGGUGGAGAUGGAGGAUGACUUUGACUCCAAGUCGCACAGCUCCGUGAGCGUGGCGGCGCCCAAGAUGUCGGGCAGGGCGCGCAAGAAGGCGGCGCUGCUGAAGACGCCGGAGAUGCAGGCGCUGCGGCGGCGCAAGGUGUGGCAGCAGAUGGCGAAGAAGGAGCUGGGCAAGGUGCAGCGCGCCAAGGUGAACAACCACAAGGAGAUGCUGACGAAUUGCAAGCGCGUGGCGACGCUGUGCAUGAAGAUGUUCCGCCAGAAGGCGAUGCAGUCGCAGAAGAACAUGAAGGAGACGGUGUGGCGCGCCAAGCGGCUGACCAGGGAGAUGCAGGGCUACUGGAAGCGCUACGACCGCGUGGAGCGCGAGACGCGGCGGCGGAUGGAGAAGGAGGCGGAGGAGCAGCGCAAGAUGGACGUGGAGUUGAUUGAGGCGAAGCGCCAGCAGCGCAAGCUCAACUUCCUCAUCACGCAGACGGAGUUGUAUGCGCACUUCAUGUCGCGCAAGGUGGGCUUCGUGUCGGAGGAGGAGCAGAUGCGCAUCCUCAAUCAGCUGGACGAGGAGUCCAAUCCCAGACUGGCGGCCAUCGAUGACUACAACAGCGAGCUGAUGAAGCAGCGCGCGCAGAAGAACGCCAGCGACGCCUUCAUCACGGAGCGCGCGCGCACGCAGGAGUUCGACGUGCACGCGAAUCGCGUGCCGCAGCCGGGAUUGGAGGUGAUCGAGGAGGUGGCGCAGCCGGAGAUGUUCAAGGGCGUGCUCAAGGGCUACCAGAUCAAGGGCAUGACGUGGCUGGCGAAUCUCUACAACCAGGGAAUCAGUGGGAUUCUGGCGGACGAGAUGGGCCUGGGCAAGACCGUGCAGAGCAUCGCCUUCCUCUGCCACAUCGCCGAGCAGUACGGCGUCUGGGGUCCCUUCCUCAUCAUCAGCCCCGCGUCGACGCUCCACAACUGGCAGCAGGAGAUGCAGCGCUUCGUGCCGGGCUUCAACGUGGUGCCGUACUGGGGAUCGCCGCACGAGCGCAAGAUCCUGAGGCAGUUCUGGGAGCAGAAGGAUCUGCACACGAAGGACGCCAGCUUCCACGUGGUCAUCACGAGUUAUCAGCUCGUGGUGUCGGACUACAAGUACUUCAACCGCAUCAAGUGGCAGUACAUGGUGCUGGACGAGGCGCAGGCCAUCAAGAGCUCCUCGUCCGUGCGCUGGAAGCUGCUGCUGGGCUUCAACUGUCGCAACCGGCUGCUGCUGAGCGGCACACCCAUCCAGAACAGCAUGGCGGAGCUCUGGGCGCUCCUCCACUUCAUCAUGCCGACGCUCUUUGACUCCCACGAGGAGUUCAACGAGUGGUUCUCCAAGGACAUCGAAUCCCAUGCGGAGAACAAGACGGGCAUCGAUGAGAAGCAAAUCUCGCGCCUCCACAUGAUCCUCAAGCCCUUCAUGCUGCGCCGCAUCAAGAAGGAUGUGGAGAAUGAGCUGAGCGACAAGAUCGAGAUCAUGGUCUACUGUCCGCUCACCACGCGCCAGAAGUUCCUCUACAUGGCGCUGAAGAAGAAGAUCCGCAUCGAGGAUCUGCUGCACUUCACCGUGGGCGGCGGCGAUGGUCCGUCGAUGGACAAGAACUUCACCUCCAGCCUCAUGAAUCUCGUCAUGCAGUUCCGCAAGGUGUGCAAUCAUCCGGAGCUGUUUGAGCGCCGCGACGCCAAGAGUCCCUUCGCCAUGAAGUGUCUGGAUUAUCAGCUGCCGCGCCUCGUCUUCGACGACGGCCUCCUGCUGAGGAGCUUCCCCAGCCGGAGGCAUUUGCUGGAGAAUCGCUUCAACGUCUUCAAGGCGCACAGCGUGCAAUUGUCGCUGUUUCCGCGACACGCCACGGACAAGGCGGUGAAUUAUGAGACAAGAGUGAAUCUGGGACUGUCCAGCGCUUUCUCCUUCGCCAGAUUCUGCCGCAUGAGUCCGGAAGAGGCUGAACAGCACGGAGUGGCAGGAUUGAUCUAUCUGAUCAAUUUCAUCCAAGAGCGACUGAAGAUGCUGAUCCUGUUGCGCCAUCGCAGCGUGUGGUGGGAGAGAAGCGCUCUGCCGAAGGACGCGAUGCUGUUGGAACCGAUGCUGGAGGAUUCGCUGAACAGGCUGUUCUUCUCCUUCGGCAGCGUGCUGAACGCUCUGCUCUUCACCGGCAACAUCUCGUCGGUUUACACGCACGCGGAUCACACGAUCGUCUCCAUUGCCGAGACGAUGGAGCAUCGGAUAAUCCGGAGCAAGAAUCGCCGGAUGGCGUCGAAGAUUGAGGAGCUGAAGGUGGAUGUUGAGGCUGUGAAGCUGCCGCCGUCGCCGCUCAAGAGUCCCACGGCGGGAUUGCACGUGAAGUUGCCGGCCAAGUCGCCCACGGGCGCCGCCCAGAGCGGGCUGGCGCUGCUACCGGAGUUCCCGCACAAGCAGCACGGCGCCGUGACGCUGGAGUGUCGCCCCACGGACAUGCCGGCGUUCGUCUACGGCCUGCCGCCGAAGGUGCAGACGUCCGGCCGGAGUCUCUACUGCGACAGCCGCGCGGCGCGCUGGGUGGCGAUGCGCCACGAGCAGUGCGAGGACGCCGAGGGCCGGCGGCUGAUGAAGGGUGGCCUCCAAGUGGCGCGGCCGCAUCUCGGCUGGUCGUACAUCACGAUUCCCGACAAGCAGACGCUCGUGUCGGACGCCGGGAAGCUGUACGUGCUGGACGGACUGCUGACGCGGCUGAAGUCGCAAGGGCAUCGCGUGCUGAUCUACUCGCAGAUGACGAAGAUGAUCGAUCUGCUGGAGGAGUACAUGUGGCACAGGAAGCACAGGUACAUGAGGCUCGACGGCUCCAGCAAGAUCUCCGCCAGGCGCGACAUGGUGGCGGACUUCCAGACGCGCGCCGACAUCUUCGUCUUCCUGCUCUCCACGCGCGCCGGCGGCCUGGGAAUCAACCUGACGGCGGCAGACACGGUGAUCUUUUACGAUUCCGACUGGAAUCCCACGGUGGAUCAGCAAGCGAUGGAUCGCGCCCAUCGCUUGGGUCAGACGAAGCAAGUCACGGUGUAUCGACUCAUUUGCAAAGGCACGAUUGAGGAGAGGAUCUUGCAGAGGGCGAGAGAGAAGAGUGAGAUUCAACGGAUGGUCAUAAGUGGAGGCAAUUUCAAGCCAGACACGCUGAAACCGAAGGAAGUUGUAUCUCUGCUACUUGACGAUGAGGAAAUUGAGCUGAAGUAUCGCCAGAAGACGGAAGAGCGCAAGAACCUGGAGGAAACGUCAAGAGCGGAGAAGGAUCGCGACAGAAAGAGGAAAUUGACGCCGUCCAGCAAGAAAGAAAGAGAGAGAAAAAAGUCCUCGUCUGGGGCGCUCCUGGACGACGACGCGGCGUUUCUGGAGUCCGGCGCGCCGAGUCCCGUGGCCAGCGAGAUGAGCCACGGCAGCAGCAAGAUCGUGGAGUCCACGCCGGCCGACGACUCCAGCAACGAGGCUCUGGUGGUGGAUUGCGACAGUCCAGGCGGAUCUUCGGCGCCCGCGCCGUUUAGUGUGCACAAAUCGCGACGGCGACACAAUCCGCGCGGCACCAAGCGAGGACGUCCGCGAGGAUCGCGCCGCGGCGGUGGCAACAGCAGUCUGGGGCGUCUGGAAGCGACCGCGGCGGACACAAAUGCAGGCCAAGCGACGAGUGGCGGUGAUUUAUCGGCCCAGCCGCCGGCCGUUCCGCCCAUCGUGCGCCGCGGCCCGGGCAGACCGCGGCUGAAGAUCGCCGGGCCGCGCAAUCAGGGCUACAGAGGCAAGCCGCGCCCCCGGAAGCCGAUGGGGCCGCUCGUGGUGCCGCUGGGCCAGAGCCCGGGACCGACGCCGCCCGGCCGCAGUCCCGCCUUGAGUCCAGCGCCGAGUCCGGCGCCGGAGAAGUCGCACGGCUUCUACCAGCCGAUGAACGACAACGUCUGAAAGUGUUUCGCGUGACGCGGAGAGAAAAGAAGAAGAAAAAAAAGGAAUUGUAUGUGGAAAUAGACCAAAAAAGCGCAAGGUAAGAAGUCUUUCACAGAGCAUUUCUUUUGUGAUGCGCCACAAUUGGUCAUCGCGCGGUGGUAAAAAGAGAACCUCAACACUUUCAUCAUCAAUUCAUUCUGGCGUCGAGAUAAAUAGUGGUCAAUUAGCACUUGUUCACUAUGAUGAAAUACUCUGAAUUUGCAUGUGAAUUGUGCUCAUUUUCUGCUUCAUUUGUGUGAAUGGGCAAUUUGAGCA